AUGAAGCGGUCACCGUCCAACAAAUGUCUGCUCUUGUUCCUUGCCAUCCUCACACCCACAACCGCCAAGCAGCUCUUUGACAUCGACCUCAGUACCCUCUCCAAGCCGCCCCUUUGGGAGCCUACCUUGGAAGAAUACUUUCCUGGGCAGCGUGGUGAGAGGGAUGAGCAGGGCUUGCCGGGUGCUGUUGUGCUCAAUAAGCCGAGUCGAGAAGAGUUCCUGUUCCACGCCCGCCGGGGCUACCCCAUCAUAGUUUCUGACUGGGCUGAUGGGAUGACAUAUGCUGGAUGGACAUGCAAGGACUUUGCUGAGUCAUUUCCCUUUGGUUACAUGAAAGCUGAGUACAUCCACGCCCUGCCUGGGUUUGAUCGAAAGAAGCAUGACAUCAAGAUGAUCGAUGGUGAAAUGCGAUUCAAGCUUGGCUCCUUCAAGCCAGACGGAAAGACUUGGUGGCACAACUUCUCUCGACCUGCAUCGAAGCGAUAUGCAGACGACCCCUUAAAGCCCAAGCGGGGGCCGUAUGUUUGGCAUGUGAAAGAUGAGCUGCCUCCAAAGGAGAAGCGCAAGGUACAGCAGCGCUUUGAAGCACCAUCCUUUCUACAAGACCCACUGAACAAGGCAAAGAUGAACAGGAGCUUUGAGGUAUGGUUCUCCCCGGGUGGGCACUGUGGCGCAGGAGCCCAUGCCGACGGUUACUGCGAAUCUGUGGUCUCACUGCAACUUCGAGGGGAUAAGCGAUGGCGCAAGAUGAUGCUUCCCAAAAUGUCGUUCUUGGAUUCAUUCGAUGAAUUUGAUGGUGGCGUGUAUGAUGCUGGGAAAUGGGAACCAGAUCUAGGCUUCUUGAAUUCCCAGAAGGGAGCAGUGAUCUGGCCUCCGGGCUACCUACACGAGACGUCUACGCUGCCCCCGGCUGAUGGGGAGUGCGGCUCAGCCCUGACGCUGCAGUACGCCUUCCCACAGCCAGUUCAGUUCCUUCGUGCUUUUCUGCCCCGCUUGUCCCUAUCCGCAGAAGUGGGUCAGUGUGUAGCAAUGGCAUGGUCAGGUUAUGCUUCCUUUGAGGUCAGGGGAAUUUCGCCCAGUCCCAAAUCAAAGAAGAUGGAGGAACAGUUGCAGAAGAUCCUGAAGCUGGUUGACACAGAUGCGAAUGAUGAGAUCACCGUGGAG